AUGGGCAGCUUUGAAAACGACCCCGGCUGGAAGUUUUUGCGGCAAUCUCCCGAACAGUUGUUGGCAGCUACGACGAAAAAGUUUGAUUCCAAGAAGAACGUCUGGAUAUCGGAUGCUGAAGAGGGAUUCAUUGCCGCCGAAAUCAAAUCGACGAAGGGUGAUACCUUGGUUGUAGUGACCAGCAAGGGAAAUGAGAAAACCAUCAAAAAGGAUGAAGCUCAGCAGAUGAAUCCGCCAAAGUUUGAAAAGACUGAGGAUAUGGCUAAUUUAACGUUUCUCAAUGACGCCUCUGUGCUUCACAAUCUUCGCCAAAGAUACUACUCAAUGAUGAUUUAUACCUAUUCUGGUCUGUUCUGCGUCGUCAUCAAUCCUUACAAACGCCUUCCAAUCUAUACGGAGUCUGUAUGCCAGAUGUAUAUGGGACGACGUCGUAAUGAGAUGCCACCACAUCUGUUUGCUGUCUCCGAUGAAGCUUACAGAAACAUGCAGAAUGAUCAUGAAAAUCAGUCAAUGCUGAUUACUGGUGAAUCUGGUGCUGCUUACUCGUUUAGGAAUAAAAAGAAGGACAAGUUAAAUGCAUCGUUGGAAGAUCAGAUUGUGCAGACCAACCCUGUGCUCGAAGCAUUUGGUAACGCGAAAACAGUUCGUAACAACAAUUCCUCUCGAUUCGGAAAGUUCAUUCGCAUCCACUUCAAUAAGGCCGGAAAAGUUGCCGGAGGAGACAUCGAGCACUGCAUAGUAAUCAAACAGGCGCCUGGGGAGCGAUGCUAUCACAUUUUCUACCAACUCUAUUCCGGGGCUGUGAAAGGAUUAAAAGAGAAGUUGAUGCUAACUCGUCCUAUCAAGGAUUAUCACUUCGUGGCGCAAGCAGAAACCACAAUCGAUGGAGUGGAUGACAAGGAAGAGAUGUUAAUAACUGAUGAAGCAUUUGAUAUAAUGAAGUUCUCACAGAAGGAGAAGGACGAACUGUUUGCAAUUACAGCAGGAAUAAUGCAUAUGGGUGAACUGACAUUCAAGCAAAGGCCGCGGGAAGAACAAGCCGAACUGGACAAUGGAACAGAGGGCGAAUUAGCAUGUAAACUCUUCCAAGUCGACUAUGAAAAAUUCGUCAAUUCGAUAUUGAAGCCACGAGUCAAAGUCGGGACCGAAUGGGUGAAUAAAGGACAGAAUCUAGAACAAGUGAAUUGGGCACUAGGUGCGCUUGCAAAAGCGCUAUUCGCGCGAAUGUUCGCUUGGCUUAUUAGAAGAUGUAACAAGACCCUUGAUGCCCAGGACCUGUCACGAGACUACUUCAUUGGAGUUCUUGACAUCGCUGGUUUCGAAAUCUUCGACCAUAAUUCAUUCGAGCAGCUUUGGAUCAAUUUUGUCAAUGAGAAAUUGCAACAGUUCUUCAACCACCAUAUGUUCGUUCUGGAACAGGAGGAGUAUUCUCGUGAAGGAAUCCAGUGGCAGUUCAUCGAUUUUGGUCUUGAUCUACAAGCAUGUAUCGAACUAAUCGAGAAGCCACUUGGAGUGAUUUCUAUGCUUGACGAGGAGUGUAUCGUUCCAAAAGCCACCGACAUGACAUUAGCUUCAAAGCUCAAUGACCAGCAUCUUGGGAAGCAUCCGAACUUCCAGAAGCCUCGUCCACCAAAAGGGAAACAGGCUGAGGCGCAUUUGGCCAUAGUUCACUAUGCAGGUACAGUGAGAUACAAUGUGAAAGGAUGGCUAGAGAAAAAUAAGGACCCAUUGAAUGACACAGCCGUAUCAGUACUGAAAGCCAAUACGGGAAAUCAGUUGAUGUCUGAAUUGUGGGCGGACUACAAUACGCAAGAGGACAUUGCGAGUCUUGGCAAAAAGGCUGCACCAGGCAAGAAGAAGGGCAAAUCAUCGUCGUUUAUGACGGUAUCCAUGAUGUAUCGCGAAUCCCUGAAUAAGUUAAUGCACAUGCUCCAUCAGACUCAUCCACAUUUCAUCAGAUGUAUCAUCCCGAACGAGCAGAAGAAAAGUGGUACGUGGCAUUACACUACUGAGAGCUCCGGAAACAGGAAAUUUUUGGUUGAAUGGAAUGUGACGUUAGGUUUGAAGGGAUAUCCUGCAAUCAUUUUACGAGUAAGAAAACGCUAUAAUGCCACAUCCGGAGGAACUGGACAUUAA